ACAGCACAACAGCAACGUUUCAGCUGGUUGGAACUGUUUCCGAACCAUCUGAGGAGGACAGACCAUAUGUGAUGGAGGUCUAUUGUCAACUGAGCAGGGAGGAGCUCCUGUCAAAACUCAUGGACUGUGAUGUUGUUCUCUACAACAUCACCCAGCAUGCUGAUCAGGUGGAGGAGGCCCUCUGGGCUGUUUCAGCCCUACACAAUGAAAUGGGACAUUUUCCUGGAUCAAAGUUGUUCAUCCUCAUCUCCACAGUGAUGACCUGGGCCUGCAGCAAGCCAGUUGAUCCUGAUGAUCUGGAGCUUCCUUUUACUGAUGAGAUUUUCUGGAGCAGAAGAGCACAUCCGAACUUCGAACAGCACAUUGAUCUAGAGAAGAGGGUGGUCAAAAUGGGCAAAACUAACAGAAAGCUGUUCUCCACAUAUGUGGUGGCGUCAGGGCUUCAGUAUGGGAUGGGAGAACAGGUCUUCCACUACUAUUUUAAGAACUCAUGGCUGGGGCAGGAACAUGAGAUAUCCGUCUUUGGUGAUGGCAAGAACAUCAUUCCCACGAUUCACGUCAAUGACCUGGCAAGUGUGGUUCAGAACAUUAUUGAACAUCAGCCCAAACCAUAUUACCUGAUAGCUGUGGACUGUUCCAACAACACCAUGGAGCAAAUAGUGAAGGCAGUUGCUUCUGAACUUGGAUCAGGGAAGAUCCAGAAAAAGCCAAUUGAUGAAGCCUUCCUUGUACAGGAUUUCAGUGUGAUGGAAAUUGAUUCCAUGCUGGUGAACCUUCGCAUGGAGGCCAUUCACAUCAAAAAGCUGUUCUCCAUUAGGUGGCUGUGUGAGUUUGGUCUGGUAGAAAACAUUGAGCUGGUGGUGGAGGAGUACCGGCAGGCCCGGGGACUAUUGCCCAUCCGUCUGUGCGUGCUGGGUCCUCCUGCAGUGGGGAAAAGCACCGUGUCCAAAAAAAUCUGUGAACACUAUAAGCUUCAUCACAUCACACUGAAGGAAACCAUCUCUGAGACCAUUUCCCGACUGGAAGAUGCUGUGAAGAAUGCUGAUCCCGAUGCCAUGGACUCAGCAGCAGACGCCCAGGAGUUGCUCAGCAGCCUAAAGGAUGGUGUGGAACAGAAUGAAGGUGUUUUGGAUGACCAGCUGAAGGUGCUGAAGGAUAAGCUGAUGUCUAACCCAUGCAGAAACCAGGGUUUUGUUCUGGAUGACUUUCCCAAGACAUAUGAACAAGCUAAAGAGCUCUUUGAUAGUGAGACACUGACAUUGGAACAACAUGAUGAGACAUCCCCAAUCUCCUCAUACAGCAGGAAGAUAAUGCCAGAGUUUUUGUUGUGCCUGGAUGCAUCGGACUCCUUCCUCACGGAUCGAGUGAUCAACUUGCCGGAGGGGUUGGUGCAGGAGCACAACUAUCGGCCGGAACACUUCUUGAGGUGCUUGGCCAGAUACAGGGAGAACAACAUUGAGGACGAAACAGUUUCCAACUUCUUCGUUGAGAUGGACAUCACCCCUCUGUACCUGGAGAUCACCAGCAGCGACACACCUGACUGCUUGCUGCUGAUGCAGAAAAUCUUUGACACAGUGGGCCAGCCCAGGAACUAUGGUCCAAGCAGCCAGGAGGUGGUGGAGAAGGAGGAGGAGGAGAGGAAGAAGGCUGAGCAGAGGAUGAGCAGAGAAGCCCAGGACAGGGCAGAGGAGGAGCAGAGGGAGGCAGAAGAUGCCAAAUUGAGGGCUGUACGCUGGGAGGAGUGGAUAAAGAGCUUGGAGGAGGCGAGGCAACAGGAGGAGGAGCAGUUGGAGGCGCUGUCAGUCCCUAUGAGGAACUACCUCAUGGAACAUGUCAUGCCCACACUGACCGAGGGUCUGACUGAAUGCUGCAGAGUAAAGCCACCGGACCCUGUGGGCUUCCUGGCGGAGUACUUACUUAAAAACAACCCCUUUGGAUACCCACAGUAGAGAUUAUUUUUUGUGGACACACCCAAACGUCAUGUUCAACAAAUACAAAACUGAGAAGAACAUUAUGUUAAUUUUCUUGUGUUCGUUGGGCUGUUAGGCUGAAGUCAAUUACAUGCAGCUUUUCUGUUAGAGGAAAACCUCCUGGAGUCUUUGAGACUUUUCACAGUGUUCCAGUCAUCACAAGCCAAGUGUCCCUCAGUUCAUGCUGGGAUUUUGAUUAGGUCUGAUUUGUAAGUGGCCCAUUCUCCUGCCCCUGUUGUAUUGAUACGCAGCUUUGUUUGGACUCUUGUGUGCUGGCCAUUACUUAAAAGCACCCUAAAAGCGGAUGAAAGUGUGUACAAAGCCAAAAGCUGAUUAGGAAGUUAAUUUGCUUAAUGAACUUGGUAAACUCCAAAGUAGACACGCUCGGGUCAUAAUUGCUUUGAUUUGGCUUCAGAUAUCCAGGAAGGAUAAAUGUUACAAAUGGCAGCUAAUUUGUGGCUCUCUCAUGUUGCCACUCGCAACUCCAAAGUGUACAUAAUUGGUUGCGACGGAACACCAAAUUAUUUCAUUGUACAUACUUAAUCACCACAUGGGGAAAUUAGU